AUGAAAGCUGAAGGUGUAAAAAAUAUGUACUUUAGUAAAUUUGAUUUCUGUGGUAAAUUUACUGAUUGUCUUACAAUUUUCUGCUUUGGUGCAGGGUCAGUGGAUGUGACACGCAAGUUCAUUAAGAUCAGAGGAGAGAAACAUGCUGAGAUCUCACAGAAGGGCCAUAAUGCUGUAUACCAAGAGAUCCUGGAGAAGUUGGGAAUCAGUGACAAAGUGAGUGUGAUGAUGGCAAGAAAGAAGUGGAACUAUUUAGUCAAGAGAUAUCAGGAUGAGGAGAUGGCAGGUGGGGAGCGAACCUGGGCUUUCAUGAAGGAGAUGGGCCAGGUCAUGAAGCACUUUAGAGGAGCCAAUGUCAACAAACUGAAGUCAAGAGCAUCACCUGAGUUCUUGUGGCCAAAUGAAUUGACUCGGAGAUUUAUUGAGCUUCGUGUUUCUCGCCAUUCCGAUUUCCUUGAAACGGGGAUACAAAACACUUAUACAGAGAUCAUGGAAGAACUUGGUCUGGAACACAUCCUGAACCCCAACCAGUUGAGGAAGAAGUGGAACUAUUUGGUUGCAAAGUACAAAGAGCUGUCAUGCACAACUGGACCAGAUGGCACUAGCCCUGCACCUCAUUCCUGGCCUUUCUAUGAUGACAUGCACCAAGCCCUGCAACAGAUUCCUGAGAGUGCCUUACAUAGCAAUCGAACUGUCAGAACAAACUUCGAAAAUAUUUGGACUAAGGAGGUUACUACAAGGUUUAUUCAACUCCGUGGCGCUAGACCUCCUGACAAUACAAAAAAAGUCUCCUCAGUAUUUGCAAACAUUGUUGAUGAGCUUGGGUUAACAGGUGUAAUCACACCCAACCAGGCACGCAAGAAGUGGAACUACCUCUGGAGCAAAUAUGUUGACUUGAGUCACCCAGACGUGAGUGAAUAUACCCGCCAGUCUUGGCCUUUCUACACCACCAUGCAGGCCGUGGUUGGUGCUCUCCCCCUCUCUCAGGUCCUCACAAAGAAAGGUUUAGUGGAUGAACUUGAAGAGGAUGAAGACCCACAAAAGAAAAUUGUAAAGCGUACAAGACAGUAUACUUGUUUCGUGUGUGGAAAAACUGGUAAGAUCCUCAACGACUUCUUCAUGUAUGAACACGACCAGAGACUUUUAUACACUCAGAAGACUGUGUUAGAGGUCAUCAGCCAUUUAGUAAGCAGAAAGAUGGUCAACAUGGAAUCCAGCACCUGCUUGUGUUCAGGCUGUACCAACCUUGUCAAUGAAGCUGAUUCUGUCAUCCAGAGACAUGACAGAAUAAAGGAAAUGGUCCAAGGACUGUAUUAUAGUGGAAUUGCUCAAGCCAAGUUAGAACCAAUGGAUGAUGGUUUUGAAAGUAUAGAAUGUGAUGUAGACUUUGAUGAUGACUCUGAAGAUGAGCAUCUGAUUACUCAUAAGAAGGAAGUUCAUACUGUCAUCGAUAAUACACCUCUUGAGGUUGAGGAGACUAUACUUGAAAAUGGAGUUAUUACAUACUUUAAUAAAGGUAAAGCAAACAAUUCAGAGACAAGCCACCCUUGUCGGGAGUGUGACAAGCAUUUUCUACGCAAGGAUGACUUGUGGUAUCAUCAGGAGAUUGCCCAUACUGAGGGGAAGGGCAGGGCCAAAACUGCAUUUAAAGACAGAACCUACGCUUGUGAAGAAUGUGGUGAAACCUUCUUAUUCAAGUACAAACUCAAGAUGCAUAUAAAUAGCAAACAUUUGAAUGAUGCUGGCCAGAAUGCAAACGACUUCACGUGUGGAGAGUGUGGCUGCAAGCUGGGGAGUCUUCCAGGUUUAACAUUCCACAUGCGCAAACAUCACAAUAAAAGUUUGACAUAUCGCAAAACAACUGAAUAUUUAUGUAGUGACUGUGGGUUCAUGGCGCCAUCAAAUAAGAAGUUGAGGGAACAUCAAGAGGCCCACUGUGGUUCCUCCACCAAGCCAAAGGUGCAGUGUGAAAUAUGUGGCAAGACGUCCUUAAAGUGUCCCUUAAAAUGCACAAAGUUAAGAUGCACUCUGAGUUUAAAGAACAGUGUGAUAGGUGUGGAGAACGAUAUGCCACCAAAACUGAUUUAUUGCGGCAUAUCAAUGUUGUGCACCUUCGCAUUCUCCUUUAUAAACUGUCAGUACUGUGGAGAAAGAUUCGCCACUUCUGAUGCCCUUCGGUAUCACAGAGUUUAA